AUGGCAAAAAUCAACACCCAGCACUCCUACCCUGGUAUGCACGGACUGUCUGUCAGAACUACUGAUGAAGAUAUUGAAAGGAUUGAAAAUGGCUGUAUCAGAACCCAUUCACUAUGCGAGGAUGUGUCUUCAGAACUGCAGAGAGUCAUUUCUGUGGACGGAAGACAUCUAUCUGAAUCCCAGGCCAACUCAUUCACAGGCCGGGGAGCAAUGGCAAGGCUAUCACGAUUUGUCAUAUCUGUGAGGUCAUGGGCCACAAGACAUAUGCACCAUGAAGAUCAAAGACCUGAUUCUUUCCUAGAACGUAUCCGAGGGCCGGAGCUCAUAGAGGUGUCCAGUAGGCAAAGUAACAUCCGCUCCUUUCUGGGUAUCCGUGAGCAACCUGGGGGAGUAAACAGUCACUGGCCCUUGGCCAGGUUUAACGUCAACUAUAGCAACAACACCAAUGAAGACAAAAAGGAAGAAAAGAAAGAGGUUAAAGAGGAGAAAAAAGAGGAAAAGAAGGAGGAAAAGAAGGAGGAAAAGAAAGAGGAAAAGAAAGAUGACAAAAAGGAUGACAAAAAAGAUGAUAAAAAAAAAGAAGAGAAGAAAAAAGAGAUCUUUGUGAUAGAUCCUUCAAGCAAUCUUUACUACAACUGGCUGACCAUAAUUGCAGCACCUGUGUUCUAUAACUGGUGUAUGCUAGUGUGCAGAGCCUGCUUUGAUGAGCUACAAGUGGACCAUAUUAAAUUAUGGCUGUUCUUGGAUUAUGGCUCUGAUAUCAUCUAUGUUCUUGACAUGUUUGUCAGAUUCAGGACAGGCUUCCUUGAACAAGGCUUGCUAGUUAAGGAUGAAAAGAAAUUACGAGAUCAUUAUACCCAAACUGCGCAGUUCAGACUGGAUGUGCUGUCUCUUCUGCCGACAGACCUGGCAUAUCUGAAGCUUGGUUUCAACUACCCUGAACUGCGAUUUAACCGCUUGCUGAGAAUUUCACGGCUGUUUGAGUUUUUUGACCGCACUGAAACCAGGACAAAUUAUCCAAACAUGUUUCGUAUUGGAAAUCUUGUCUUAUACAUUCUUAUCAUCAUCCACUGGAACGCGUGUAUAUACUUUGCAAUUUCGAAGCUCAUCGGAUUUGGAACCGACACUUGGGUCUACCCCAACGUGUCCAUUCCAGAGUAUGGGCGCCUGUCUAGAAAGUACAUUUACAGUCUGUACUGGUCAACGCUCACGCUGACAACCAUUGGAGAAACACCUCCUCCGGUGAAAGAUGAAGAGUACCUCUUUGUGGUCAUUGACUUCCUGGUGGGCGUGCUGAUCUUUGCUACCAUUGUUGGUAACGUGGGCUCCAUGAUUUCCAACAUGAAUGCCUCCAGGGCAGAGUUCCAGGCCAAAGUGGAUUCCAUUAAACAGUACAUGCAUUUCCGAAAAGUGACUAAGGAUUUGGAAGCCAGGGUUAUUAAGUGGUUUGAUUACCUGUGGACCAACAAGAAGACGGUGGAUGAGAAGGAAGUUCUCAAAAAUCUGCCUGACAAGUUGAAGGCUGAAAUUGCCAUCAAUGUCCAUUUGGACACGCUGAAGAAAGUGCGUAUAUUCCAGGAUUGUGAAGCUGGACUUCUCAUUGAGCUGGUGCUGAAACUGAAACCUACGGUCUUCAGUCCUGGGGACUACAUUUGCAAAAAGGGAGAUAUUGGGAGAGAAAUGUACAUUAUUAAAGAGGGAAAAUUGGCUGUGGUGGCGGAUGAUGGCAUAACCCAAUUUGUAGUCCUAAGUGAUGGCAGCUACUUUGGUGAGAUCAGCAUCCUAAACAUCAAAGGUAGCAAAUCUGGCAACAGGAGGACAGCCAACAUCAGGAGUAUUGGUUAUUCUGAUUUGUUCUGCUUGUCUAAAGAUGAUUUAAUGGAAGCCCUCACAGAAUAUCCAGAAGCCAAAAAGGCUCUGGAAGAGAAAGGGCGACAAAUUCUUAUGAAAGACAAUUUAAUAGAUGAGGAAGCAGCAAAAGCAGGAGCUGACCCAAAAGACUUGGAAGAAAAAGUAGAAAGACUUGAGACCGCUCUGGAUACGCUGCAGACUAGGUUUGCGAGGCUCUUGGCAGAAUACUCCUCAUCUCAACAAAAGGUGAAGCAGAGACUUGCCAGAGUAGAAACCCGAGUGAAAAAGUAUGGUAGUGGCACCUUAUCAGUUGGAGAAGCAGAAGCUGAAAAACCCGAGGAGGAGAAAAAGUAG